AUGGAAGAGGAGGCGUUACCCGACGAUCUGGUUAUGGAUCACACAGCCGCACGACAUAAACGUUCCAGGACUAGUGACUCAGGAAGCUCAACUUCAGCAGAGUCAAUACAUUCUACUCGAACUCUAAACUCCGAGGAUUUCGAAUUCGUCCAGGAGAAUGGCCGAGAAUAUGGUAACCAUACCUACUUCAUGCCGUGCGAUCAACUGGAGCAGGAUCGAUUGACUAUUCAGCAUCAAGUCUUCGUUCAUGCACUGAAGGGGAAACUCACUACUACACCAAUCUCGCCAUUGCAAUGCCGGAUCCUAGAUCUGGGAACAGGGCCGGGCAAUUGGGCUGUGGCCAUGGCUCGGCAGUUCCCUUACGCUGAAGUUGUUGGCUUAGAUAUGGCGGUAUGGGAUCUGGAAACAACGGAAGAAAAUGGAGGAAGCCCCCAGAAUGUCAGUUGGGAAAUCGACGACCUUGACGUUUGGGGAGAAGACCCUCAUCUUUCCGAAUUGACCUUCAACAUGGAGCAUUUUGAUCCAUAUCGGGAUCCGAUCACACCCCGUGAUACAUUGGAAUCACCUUCCAAAUCACGCCAGCCUCGAACGCCAGGCGAGGGCGAUUGUUCGUUCGACCCUCUCGUACUUGAUCCAGGACCUCAGGUCGGCUGGCACUUCAGCGAACCGUUCGAUCUGAUUCACAUGCGGGGGAUGAAGGGUGCCUUCGUACACUGGGAAGAAGUAUACGCUGAGAUAUAUAAGAGUCUAUCACCUGGAGGUUGGGUGGAGGUCGCGGACUUUGAACUCAUGCUGCCCGAAAUGCCCAACUCGCAACUACCGCCCGGUGACGCAGCCGGCAACCUUUCGCAAACCCAACCCGAUAACCUACCGCUACCCACGAUUCGAAAACUAUACUUUGCUGGCAUGCAAGCUGCUUGGAAAGGUGGACGCCACCUAGGCACUUCGUACAUGCACGCAACAUACCUGGAAGAUGCAGGGUUCAAGGAUAUAAGGACGACGUAUGUCAAUGUUCCUGUAGGCACAUGGCCUGAGGACCGGGAACAGAAGAAAAUCGGAAAGAUGUUUCUUGUCGUGUUGCUGGAGAGCAUUGAGACCCAUCUCUUGAGGUUACUCACACAAUUUGGAGAUGCAGACAGGCUAUGGUCAGCGGAGGAAGUAAGGGAACAAGUGGAACAAGGGAAGAGAGAGAUAUUCGAUUGGAGCGAGGGCGUUGGCAGCGCCGACAGGAAGGAAGGCUGGUGCGCAAGUUUCAAGUGGAUCAUUGGUCGCAAGAGCAAGAACGCCGAAUGA